AUGGAUUGUUACAACAACUACAUCGAUUACCGAAAUGGUCCGAAUCCUUACAUGCAUCCCUAUCACCAUUCGUCGCUGCAUCCGUCUGCCCUGCGUUACGGCGCCUCACAUCCAUCGCAUCAUCAUCCCUUCGCUGCCCGUGGCUACGGCGGCACGAACAGCAGCAAUUACGGCAAUUAUUACGACACGUACCAUCAUCGCUCGUACUAUCAUCACCAAUAUUCGUCCAACGGGUACAAUCAUCCCGCAUCGAUGCCCCCGUCGCCGUCGCCGCACUACCAAAACAGCUAUGCGAGUUUGCGAGACGGUUUCGGCAACAGCAACGGCAACUUAAUUGGCGGUAACGAGAAUUAUCCCGGCGGUUAUUACGGCGGACAAUCGACAUACGGCGCGCCAUCGAGUGCAGCAAAUCCAUACGAAAAUUUCCGUCAAGCCAGUUAUCAUCAUGCGAUGCCGCCCUACCAUCGAAGCGGGAAUUACUUCAACAAUUCCGAGAGCAACUUUUACGCUUCCGAAAGUUUUGAGUCGUCGUCGCCGCAUCAUCAGCAAACGAAUCCAUCGACGCCGUCGUCAGCGGGAACGCCCAAAAGUGCGUAUGCCGAUGAAUUUCCGGCGUCUCCAGCAGUGGCAAAGACCGAAAAGGAGGUAGAAAGUAGUAAAAAUGCGUCGCCAGAUGCGGCGGGAACGGGAUCGAGUGCAACGGAAAUGGCAACGAGUGACGCGACGACACCCAAUGUGCAUCCGCCACAAUCUCCCAUGACACCAAACUCAACAGAUUUGAGCAACAGUACAAGUGAAAGUUUUUGCAAUAACAACAAAAAUCGCCGACGAUCGCAGCAGCGAAAUGAACGCGCGACGUUAAUGAGUCGGAAAAACAACAACGGAGCGAUGAUAAAUGAUCCGUAUGAAUUCACUGACGAGUAUAAUAACGCCGCAUCGUCUCCCAAUGAAUCAAGAGUGCCAAAUAACGAGUGUAGCUCGCAAGCGUGGAUGCAUCAAGGUGUACAAAAUACGCACAAAUGGAUGCGAGGACAUCACCACAGCAACAACAAGAAAGGGCUUCCGAUGUCCGAUCUCGAGCUGCUUCAAUCUUCGUUCGAAUAUGGGUUUUACAACAACAACAACUACGCCUCGCAUGACGCGUAUCGACGGAAAAUGAGUGAAAAACAUUUUAUUUCGGAUGGGCCUAAUAAUGACGUUGUGCCAGCUAAACGAACGAAACGACGACGAAGGGACAACAAUCCCGAGGUAUUUAGCAGAAAAGUUGCCGAAGAAAAGCUUGAACGAAAGCCGCCAGAGCCUCCAUUAACUCCCCUUCCCGGCUUCCAAGAAGCCUUCGGUUCGACAGAAAUCGGUCGAUUUUCCGAUGCAUUCUUCAAUGUUCUCAAUUCCAGUCCGUAUUACGAGCCAAAUAACGAGUCCGACAUUGAUACUUUGAGUCCCCAACCAUGGGAAGCAGGCGAUUCCCUCGAAGGACCGCAUUUUAAUUUACAAGUUGGCGCCUCCUUUACUCCAGUCUACGAUAAUUACAGUGCUGACGGAUCACCACUCGACAAUUAUUUUAGCGAAUUAUCGUGUAACGAAUUUUAA